AUGGAUUAUAAUUAUGAUGUCAUUUUAGCCACAAUUUGUGCAUAUUUUCUACUAUUUUCUAUGUACGUGGUGCAUGGCACUAAAAGCACUAUAUCGACAUGCAACCAAACCCCAUAUCCCCAAGUGUGCCACCAUUUCCUCAACACUAAUCACCUCUCAACCCUAGACGAUAAAACCACCGUCUGCUUCCAUGACUUAGCCCUAAAAGCCACCAUGAAGCAAGCGGUCGAAGCCCACCGCCUCGUCUCCACCAUGGACUCAGACUCCUUCGGCGAGCGAGGCAAAUCGGCGUGGCAAGAUUGCCUUGAACUCUACAAGGACACGGUUGAUCUCCUCAACCGUUCCGUGAACUCCAACAACAAGAAUCCUUUGGACACUCACACAUGGUUAAGUGCAUCUCUUGCCAACCAACAUACUUGCCGAAACGGCUUCACUGAUUUCCAAAUCCCUUCCCACUACGACUCCUUCCCUUCCAUGCUGAGUAACUUCUCGAAGUUGCUCAGCAAUUCACUGGCCAUCAACAAGGCUACUAAUCCAUCGACCGCGACGUCGUUUAGUAAACAAGUUCGCAGUCGACGGCUGCUCUCCGAUGGCUUCCCCGAAUGGGUUUCCGCCGCAGACCGGAAGCUUCUACAAUCCGGUGGGGCGGCAGAAAAAGCGGAUAUCGUAGGGGCCCAAGACGGAUCGGGUGGUUUCAAGACUAUUUCGGAGGCCGUGGAGGCAGCAAAAAACCUAGGUGGAGGGAGUAAGAGGAUUGUUGUGUACGUGAAAGCGGGCGUUUACAAUGAAAAUGUCGAGAUCAAGAACGAUAUCAAGAACUUGAUGUUUGUUGGGGAUGGCAUAGACGCCACAAUCGUUACAGGGAAUAGGAACAACGUAGAUGGUUCAACAACUUUUCAAUCUGCCACUUUUGGUGAGUAUUGUGCUAAUUUAUAG